AUUGGACAAUGUCAGUAACCAAAUUUCCUCCGCUUCUUUCCGAUGACGACUUGCAAAAAUAUAAGGUUCCUUUGAAAUGGAGAGACAGAUGUGCGUUUUACUUUGCAUUAUAUCAAACAUGUCUUAUUAGACAAAGUGCAAAUGGCUCUGUGGAUUGUGGACACGAUAAACAUGCCUGGGAAGAGUGUGAAAACUUGGAUUUGAUAAGAAGAAAGCAAGAGUUGGCACAGGUGAAACAAGCCAGAAAAGAAGAAGCAUAGACUGUAUAAGAUAAAAUAUACAACCACUUUAGCAAAUCCUAGACGUGAGUAAGUAUGGACCCCAGGCGUUUGGAGGAGACAAGAAUACACGAACUGAUGUUCGGCGUCUUGUUGCAUCGUUGUAUCAAAGAGAGGGUCAACUGGGGUCUAAUGGACCUACAAUCCAAUCAGAGUGAACACUGUGAGGCCGUAGCGUCGUGGUGGUGAUCUCGAGCAAACCGCACGAAUACAAUCAUUUUUGCUUUGAUUUCCAAACUCUAUAGCCAAGUGACAUAAAGGUCUACCUCGUUUCGUGCUAUAAGCUACUAGCAAAAGGUUUUCCAGCACCGCGACAUCCCCGA